CCGGACUUUGCACUCUGCUAGCUGUGUACGGAUUUUCCUCGCGAGCUAAAAGGUAAACAAAUUAAGGUUAUGGAUUCGGAGGACUUUGAUCGGAAGAUUAUUAUCGAUGAAUUAACAAACAAAGCUCUGCAAGAAUAUGAAGGCCUGCAAAGGAAGCAUGAGUCAGCAACUAUCAAGUGUAAGAUACUGGAGGGGGAACGAGAUCAGGCUGUUAAACAGCUUCAUGAAUUUCAGCAAGUUUCUAAGAUGGUCAUUGAAGAGGUCGCUGUCAUUCAGGAGAAGCUGGAGAUUGAGAGAACGUGUCGAGAAAGUGCUGAAGCCCUGGCCUCCAAGCUGAAUCGACAGAACCACUCCCUGAAGAGGAAGAGCAUGGUGCUGCUGUCUCAAGUCAGCACACAGACCAUCACGGAGAUCAACCUUGAGGAUGAGGAGGUGGAGGAGGAGGAAGAUGAAUAUCUAGGUGCUACCAGCCAGGACUGCCAAUCAGCCGAGUGCCAGACCAAAAUCUCAGAGCUGCAAAGUGCGCUGCAGAAGAAGCUGACAACGAAAAAUGAAAUGUGCGAUGAUAUUACAACACUGAGAAAACAACUGGAGGAAACCAAACAGGAACUUAUGAAGGAGAAACAUGAGAAUAAUGCUUUAGUUGCUGAGACGGUACAGCAAAAAAAGCUGCUGGGAAAAUACAACAGAGUGUCUGCGUUUGCUUUAGAGGAAUAUAAAACCAUUCAAGACACGUUGACUCUUCAGCAGGACUUGAGAGAUAAAGCAGAGAACUUUGCCAGAGCAAUGGUUGUUGAACAGAAGAUGCUGAAAAGAAAGAGCCAGAUCCUGAUGGAGAGUUCCCCAAAUGACUGCGCGUUACAGGAGGCACUCAAACAGCUCUCUGGGCUGACCAAAGAUUUGGAAGCACAGAAGCUGGAGCACCAGAGCCAGAUAAAGCUGAUGGAGGACCAACUAAGUAGCUGCCAGACUAGAAAGGAGCUCAUGGCCUUGAGGUGUAAACUUGAGCUUGUUGAGGAGGAGAAGCGUGAGUGCUGUGACGAGUACUGCAAGGCCCAAGCACAGGUCAAGGAUCUGAGCUUUACAGUUGAGGAACUUCAGAAAAAACUACAAGUUGCCACCAAGCCUCCACCUUCUCCAGUGCAUCCAUGUCCGCCUCCACCCCCUCCUCCUCCUCCUCCUCCUCCUCCUCCUCCUCCUCCUCCUCUACCAACUUGUGCAGUCUCCAACCCACUCAGCUCCCUGCUGUCAUUGAUUAGAAGCAGACAAACUCCGCUUUUGAUCCAGAGUUCAUCAGCUUCAACAAGCGAAGUAGACGUCAGGCAGCAAGCAGUGCAGAAAAUGAUGGACAGGAUCAAGAACGGGGUUCAGCUUCGGCCUGUCAGGCAGAGACCUCACAGCAAGAAACAGUUUAUUAGAUUCAGCAACUAGUGUUUGGAUCCCAUUCAUCCAUCCAUUUUCUACCGCUUAUUCCCUUUGGGGUCGCGGGGGCGCUGGAGCCUAUCUCAGCUACAAUCGGGCGGAAGGCGUGGUACACCCUGGACAAGUCGCCACCUCAUCGCAGUGUUUGGAUCCCACUGUACGCAAUAUCUGAAGAGCAUGGAAAAAAGCAUUUCACUGUGGUGUACUCUGCAUGUGACGAAUAAAACUCUUGAACCUUGAACCUUGAAAUGGUUGCAUUCUACUAGUUACUGUGAUUUUAAACAAAAGUUGUAGAUAAAAGUUUAACGUUUUCAAUCGAAAAAUGAGGUGCGUCCCUAAAAAGCAAGGAGAGUAAGUUUACUGCAUCCUGUUU